AUGGUGUAUUUGAUUCUUCUUUUGCAAGUCUUGCUUUUGGAGAUCAAUGGAGUAGAGGUUACACAGAUGGAAACUAUGUGCACUAGCAGUGCCUGCUACAUGGUACAUCUCGAGAGAGUUGAUUUUGAAAGGGAGUUUAACGGAGGAAAUUUGGCAACGGUAAAGAACAGUGAAGAGGCUUCAGAGGUGCAGUCACUCCUGUCUAGAAUCAACGCUGAGCGGUCAACUGACAACCUUCAAUUCUGGAUUGGGCUUCAUCUCAGAAAGGGAGACAAUAUGCUUGCCCUUACACCCUUGAAAGGUUUUACUUGGUUAUCUGUAGAUGAAGUCGCACAGUAUUCUAACUGGAAGGAAGAACCGAUGACCACAUGCACAGCACAGAGGUGUGUGUCUCUGCAAUAUAACCCAUCCUCUGUAAACAGUGACAACUUCAAGUGGUCUGAUAGGACAUGCUCGAAGGAUGCAGAUGGGUAUCUUUGCAAGUUUAAUUUCAAAGGAAUGUGCAAAACUAUACAUCUUGCAGGACCUGGGGAGGUUCUCUACACAACCCCCUUUGUCACCAGACCCUUAAAUUCCAAUAAUGCGCUUUUAACCCUGGUACCCCAUGGCACUUCUGCAAGUGUUGACUGUACAUAUGAAAAUGAUUUGUAUGGUAUCUGCAUCAAAAACAAGGAUGGGUCAUUUGGCUGGACGAUGUCUGGCCCAUUUUGCGACUCUCACAAGUUAGGCUGCGGCUUCAGAAAUGGGGGGUGCGAUCACAUCUGCAUUGACGGAAGUGCUGGAAGGCAUCACUGUGAAUGCAAUGAUGGAGUGUUUACACAGAGUUUCCAGUGCACAAAAGGAUAUGAAUUAGUAAAUGGGAGGUGUCAUGAUGUGGACGAGUGCAUUCAGUCUGCGUGCUCUCAGGGCUGCCUAAACUCACCCGGUUCAUUCGCCUGCUAUUGUACUGAGGGAUACACCUUAGCAGAGAAUGGACAAUUCUGUGUUGAUAUUGAUGAGUGUCAAGGCUAUAUUAACUCUUGUGAAGAGAUUUGCACAAACACUCCUGGUAGCUUUAAAUGUUCCUGCAAGGAAAAAUUCACAAUGGCAUCAGAUGAAGUCACCUGCAUUCCAGAACAAAAUCUGAACACGACAAUAGAAGCUGAAGGAACGAAUAGAUCUGUGAGCAUACCUAAUAAUAAGGAUAAUCUCACAAAGGUGACUUUAGUACCAACAUUUACUUCUGAUGGUGUUUCAAGCUCAGAAAGAAACAAAAUUCAACGAACACAUACAACAGAUCAACCCUGGCAAAUCCACACAACCGCAACUGUUAAAAACUAUCUUCCUAAUGAAGACCACCAGGACUUAUCCAGUGAGUCUGGGAAUCACGUACACCUGGUUAAUGGUGCUGACAAAUCAUUGGUGCUGGUUUCUGUGCUAGGGUUCGUUGCUAUCUUAUUACUUUUAAUUGCUGCUGGGAUCUCCUUGGUACUAUGCCGUCACAAAGUACUUAGAAAAAAUGCAAAUAAGCGAAAAACUACCAUGAACAACUACUGCUGGAUGUCAUCUGGAAAUAAAACAAAAGUCUGUUCAUUCAAAAUAUAGUACUGCACGACACUGCAAAAAACUAAAAAAAAAAAAAACUUGCAGUCAAAUAAAA